CGUUGAUCGUUCGUUUAUUGUUUGUCCGGUUGAAUAAGUGUUUCAUAGUGGUUUUUUUUACCAUUACGAGGUUUAUUUGUGAUAAAAUGAAGAAAAUGCUGAUAAUUUUCUGAUUAUCCGUUUAAAGUUUGUGGAGAAUAAUAUAAAUUGGUCUAUUAGUGAAAGAAUAUAAACGAAAUUUGCAUCAGCCAUCAGCUCCAUAUAACAAUAUCAGAAUGCCAUCAACACAUCUCAACCUAAGAGAGGAUGAUGUAGUUCGCUUGGCUUUGGAAUUUCUUCAUAAUAGAGACUUACAUAUUACACAAUUAUCCUUAGAAAGAGAAACUGGUGUUAUUAAUGGCAACUAUGCAGAUGAUGUACUGUUUUUACGUCAACUUAUUUUAGAUGGGCAAUGGGAUGAUGUACUCGAAUUUAUACAGCCUCUCAGUACUUUAAAAGCAUUUGAACUAGAUAAAUUCAAUUACGCCAUUCUGCGUCACAAAUACAUAGAGCUCCUUUGUAUAAGAUCUGAAAUUAAAGCUUACAACAAUGUAGAAAAUAUUGUAGAUGAAGUAGUGAAGGUUUUAAGUGAUUUAGAGAAAAUUGCACCUUCCAAAGAAGAGUACUCAAAUUUAUGUCUAUUGUUGACUCUACCCAGUAUUACAGACCAUGCACAAUUUAAAAAAUGGAAUCCAAGCAAUGCUAGAGUUCAAUGCUUCCGAGAAGUGUAUCCACUUGUUGAAAAUUUCCUACCCUGUGAUAAAAAGUCAAGUGGUGUAGUAGUAAAAUCUGCCAAGAAUGAUAGAUUAAUGCAGUUGCUAAUAAAAGGCAUUUUAUAUGAGUCAUGCGUUAACUAUUGUCAAGCUAAAGCUACGGGUUCAAAGGAAGCUCAGUCUAAUGAUGUCCAAUUUUCGCGACUGUUAGAUGGUUCAGGUUUUGAUGAAUCAGAUCUCAGUCUCUUAUCCUGGCUUCAAUCAAUACCGGCUGAGACAUUUAGUGUCCCUUUUGAACAAAGGAUGUUAGAUGUUGAUGUUGAAAAGUUAGAGCGCCCAUCUUUGCACACAUCCUGGACUGAACACAUGCUAGUUACCCCAAUCAAACCUCGCACUUUUCCCCACUUAGCAAUGCCAUUCAGGCGACCUAGAUCAGCUGCUGAUGCAAUGACAAGAUCUUUGAGACCAUUGCCAGAUGGUGCUCCACGACAUCCUGCUCUCAUGGCUUUGUCUGCUAUAGACUAUGGCCCAUCUUCAUCAUAUUUUGCUGGUUUUCAUCUCACUGGCAUAAAAGGAAACAAAUUAAUGAACACAUCAGUGGAUCGGCUUUUUGAUAACAAAAAUAAUGAAAGUAUUUACAAUGGCCUCAAUGAGUCUUUGAAACCAAUUGAUGAACAAUUGAAGCCAAGUGGAGAGUCAAAAACAAAUGAAAGUAGCAUUGGUGCAUCGACAGCUACAACGCCUGAGCAUAGAGGUCAGGAUUAUUCUGUAUCUACGUCUAUUUCGACAACUGCCCCACCGCCAGAGCGUUUGACCCAAACUGAACGAAUGCAACAAACCCAAAUUGCUGCACCAGUUGAUGGAGAUUUUAGACGUGAACUGAUGAAAGAGUAUCAAAUACAAAAACAACGAGAAUGUGAUGAUUAUCUCCGUAAUCUGUGCUCUUCAGAGAUUAGACAUCAGAACCCUGUGGAAGAAAAUGAGUCUGCUUCAGUACUCCCUGUAACUGUUAAAUUCAGUCCAAAACCAGUGCCCGAUGUGAAACAAAAAACGAAUGAUCAAGUACAUAUUAGGCAAAAUGAGAUGACCGAUACAAUGGAUGCACAAGAUCCUGUGAACGCGCAGAAUAGAAAUGGCGGCCUUCAAACUGCUCCAUUGUCCGGACCAAACGCCGUGUCUGAAACAAAUGGAUCGAGACCUAUGUUCAAGCCUGUCACGGUAUUGGAGGAUCUUCAGGCUGUGAGGUGUGCCGAGUUCCAUCCAAACGGAAAGCUUUACGCUGUCGGAUCUAAUACGAAAACCCUGAGGAUAUGCACAUACCCGAAGAUUGAUGAUGUCAAGGAGACAAGCACUCCGUCAGCGCCGCAGGUUUUAUUAAAGAGAACGAAACAUCACAAAGGCAGCAUCUACUGCCUCGCUUGGAGUCCAGCUGGAGAUCUACUUGCGACCGGAUCGAACGAUAAAACAGUAAAGUUGAUGAGAUUUAACAGCAAUAACUGCAAUCUGGAAGGACAAGAAGUUGAACUAACCAUGCACGAUGGCACAGUUCGCGACGUCUGCUUCAUAGAAGAUACCUCGAACAAAGCCAGUCUUCUCGUGAGUGGAGGUGCCGGCGAUUGUAAGAUCUAUGUCACCGACUGCGCUACAGGGAAACCAUUCCAGGCACUAAGUGGUCAUUCGGGACAUGUACUCUCUCUGUAUAACUGGGGAGGAGCGAUGUUCGUAUCAGGCAGUCAGGAUAAAACUGUCAGAUUCUGGGAUCUACGUACAGGUGGCUGUGUCAACGUAAUAUCACCACCGAUGGGACACCCUGGCAAAGGUUCUGCUGUAGCAUCACUAGCAGUGGAUCCGAGUGGCAGGCUCCUAGUAUGCGGUCACGACGAUGGCUCGUGCGCAUUGCACGACGUACGUGGCUCGCGUUCUCUACAACGUUUCACGCCUCACUCGAGUGAUGUCAGAAGUGUACGUUUUUCACCUGGAGCGUAUUAUCUCCUCACUGCGGGAUAUGAUGGCCGAGUUGUGCUUACAGACUUACAGGGUGAUCUGACCUGCGCGCUGUCGAGCGUCCCCAUAGCGCGCCAUCCGGAUAAGGUGAUAUCAGCAAGAUGGCACCCUGACGACUUCUCAUUCCUCUCGACGUCUGCCGAUAAGACUGCAGUACUAUGGACUAUACCACCCAUAUAAAGCUCGGUAACGAAACGGCCAAUUUCUAUAAUGUAAAUUUUAUAAGUCCCGACACGUAACUUCGGAAGAUGGCGAAUAAACUUCGCGUAGUACCACAUCUUUACAAAUAAUUCUCCGGGAACUAUAUAGUCUAGUGGAACAAAUUUUAAAUUUUAACACAUACAAUUGACGUUUUAUUAACUCAGAACGGGUGAAAAAUUAUUAUAAUGUAAUUAAAAAGUGACUAUCGAAAUUGGCUAGUUAAUAAAAUGAUUCUGUUUGAAAUGUUUACAGUAUUUAUCACGAUUAUUUAAAUUUUAUAUCACAUUAAUGUCAAUAUUUGCGAUUUUAGUAACAUACAUUUUCAUUCUCAUAGUAAAAUGUUUAAGUAUUUUAACAUUAAGUUUAAUUUAAUGAUGCUUUAAUUACGGCCUGUUGUGAUUUAUGAUGAAUGAUUUUAUCGAUCUGUGUGCACAAAUAAGUCGCAAAGACUCUUUAGUUAAGUUUAUGUUAUUAACUUAUUCACUUUGAAUUAAGAUAAUUUUUGGUUUAACCCUACUAAGCCCUGAAGUCUUAAUUCAUUUGAGGACAUCGUGUUGUUGGGAUGCAACUUACUCCCAAAACUAAAUAUAUUUUACUCGAAUUGGACGCAUUUUAGCCGUCGUAUUAAAUAUGCUUGCUUUAAUAUCGUUAAAUUAUGUUUUAUUUUAUGUAAUGCCUAAUAAUUUUAAGAUUAUGUGUAUACGAGAUAGGUAUUUUUCGUGAUCAAUUAAAAAAUGUCUAAUAAAGCGUUUUGAUUAAUUUGUCAUGGGAAUUCAAUUGGGUUAAUUUAUGUGUGUAGUGAUAAACGUAACGGCUCAAAAAAGAUAUUUUAACGUUUAAUUUAUGUAUUAUUUUUGACCGAACAUUAGUUUUAAGAUUUUAAAGUCAUCAUUUCAUUCUAAUGUGAUCGCUUAUAGACUCAUCCUUGAAAACUAAAUCACAUUACACUGUUUUAAAUAAGGGUAUCUCUUUUCCUCACAGCGUAAUCGCAAUCAAUUAGGAGGAGACGAAUAGGUGCGCAGUUAAAACAGAGCAAUCGGGUGAUUUAGAUUUUAUGGCAGCGAACUCAUUGAAAUAUAACGAACAAACAUGUAUGUGCUUUUAUUAAACAUAUUAAAAGCUGUUUCUGCUUUGUGAAUAUUUGUAGCUAUUGACUGACUAUUAUGACAAUGAUUUUUAUAUUUAAAUAUCUUAUUAGUUCAGUUACCACAGCGUUGUAACAUUCUUUAUACAAACUUUUAACACAUGUUAUAUGAUAUUUUAACGAACUUAUAAUAAGCGGAAAUUUGUUAGUGGACAAACUAAAUAGAUUGAAAGCAGUCUCUAAUGUACGGCUUUUUUCAACUGUUUGUUUCAAACUUAUAUUCGCUUUCUUAACCUAAAGGCAGUACGAUGUCUUUUCAUGUAAAAUGUUAAUAAAUAUUAUUAGCACGGUUAGUUAGGUUGUUUGUUAGAUUUUAGAAGUUAACAGAAUGCCAAAACAGAAAUUGUUUCCCAACAUCACACCCACAUUCGUUAUGCUUUUUACUCAACUUUUAAGCAAGUCUAGCAAGGGAUAAUUUCAUCAAUAAGAUUUGGGAAGAAAUCCGCGAAAUGACGAUGAAAAUUUAUUGAAAAAGAAAAGUUUUUCCCUAAUCUUUAAUUGUAUUUGCUAUUAGAACACUUUUGUCCAGAUUAUUACUACAUCACUUGUCGAACAUACGAAAACUAUAGCGUAUAUAAAUGACGAUAUCCUAAAUAUCUGUCGAAAAAACGACUUUAUUAUGAUGAAGCAAGACCGGCAGAUAUAUUUCUAAUAGGUGACUAAUCAAUUAGCUUGUCGGCUUCAGCCGUUUAAUUAAAGACUUCUUUCGAUAUUGGCAAAUGAAAUUAACCUCUAAUUAUAACGCGUUUAGACUGAUUUUUUAUACAGCUAAUACGCCACUUCAAAGUACCCAAAGGCUAUCCGUGGCCGUGGCCGUGGUUCUAUCCAUGGCCCUCUGACAAAGCUCCAGGAUUUUUCUAUGGGUGAGUGCCCAUAAUUCACAUUCAUAGUAACUGGAAGGACGCAAGUGUUGAACGCUUUUGUUUUAACGUCAUGCGUAUAUCAAUAGACCUACUAUUAUUCUGUUAAUUUCUUUAGUGUUGUUCGAAGGAAAUGUCCCAGUUUGUAGUCUGUUAAUAGUUUUAUUUGUCCAUGUUGAGAGGGUCCUGCUUUCAUGCUUUAUAGCUUUAUGUGAGUCUAAAUGUUGAUUAACCAGGCCAAAAUGGAGAAGAGAAGGCGUUUAUAUUUCGCGACCUUGCCUUUUGGGGUUGUUAAAGCAAAAAGCCACUAGACCUCUCCGAUAAGCUUUCUUGGCCUCGGAGGUAAAUGUAACAUAGAAACCCUGGCUUGCAACAUAUGACGAGCACUGCUUAUAAGACGGCGGCUUUCAGAGCGAGUUUUAGGUACAGUGAAACAACAUUUUGGAGCAACGUCCCUCCGCUCGGAAUUCUGAAUAUGCUUACUUUUAAAGUCAAGUAUAAAUAUUAUUUAUUUCGGCUGCUGGUGGAAGGGAGAGGUCACGUUAUGUACCCUGUGAUUGUUUUGUUUUUCCUUCUUGUACUUAAACAAAAUUAUAUCGUCUAAGAAUGUUUGGUUUUACACCGUGUCUAGGCUAGAUCAUCUCAGAUCUGUUUACGGAAGAUGCUCUCUAGAAUGCGCAAUCCCCGACAGUGGAUCUCCUUGUUCAAAGACUGAAAAUUUAAUCUUGUUCUCGAGACUUAAAAGGGGUC